AUGAGAAUUUUACAAUUUCUUAAUAUAACACAUAAUACAUUAAGAAUUGGUCUUGUCUCUCAUAUUGGGCAACGACGACAUCAAUUUUUUACGAGAAAAAUAUUUAACUUUGAACAAACUGUUCGAGAAGCAACAAAUUUUAGAACAUAUAAUUCAUAUAGCUCUAAGGUUGAAUUUAAUUCUCUCUCUGCAUCGAAAGUUUCCAAUACCAACGAGAAUGAUGCUGUUAUUAGUACAUUUGAUCUCUUUAGUAUUGGUAUUGGUCCAUCCUCAAGUCAUACCGUCGGUCCAAUGCGAGCUGCCAAGAAAUUUAUAGAAGAACUAAAACAAAAUAAUGUAUUUCAUAAGAUUACAAGAAUUCGUAUUGAUCUAUAUGGAUCACUUGCUCUAACUGGCAAAGGCCAUGGUACCCCUAAUGCAAUUUUAAUGGGAUUGGAAGGAGAGACUCCAGAUGAGAUAGAUACGGCAAAAAUAGUACCACGGAUUGCACAAAUAUACGAAACAGAAAAACACAUUAUUUUUCAUUAUCAUGAAUCUUUACCUAUACAUCCUAAUGGUAUGCGAUUUAUUGCUUUCGAUGAACAAGGAGAUUGUGUAGCCUCCAGUGAAUUUUUUUCAACUGGCGGAGGAUUUAUUAUUGGUGAAACCGAAAUCCAUGAAAAUAGGAAAAAUAUUUUUCGCAAAAAUAAUAAUGAUCUUAUUAAACAAAAACAAAAUGCUAUGUCUUCCGCAUUUCCAUUCAGUACUGCCGGAGAACUUUUACAAAUUUGUAAACGGGAGAACAUGACCAUUGCUCAAAUGGUCUAUCAGAACGAAUUGCAGUGGCGCAGUAAAGGAGAAAUAAAAAAAAAGGUAAUGGAGAUAUGGAAUAUAAUGGAUCAAAGUAUACGAAACGGAUGUCUAAGCACAGUAGAAUAUUUGCCGGGUUCUUUAAAAGUUCGUAGAAGGGCACCAGGAUUAUACAAUAAGCUUUUAAAAGACAUGUAUCCUCAAAACUCAUCAAAUUAUACUGCAAUAAAAAAUUCAUUAUUACAACCUUUAGCAGCGGCCACUAGAAAGUCAAUAACAGUAAACGUUUUAGAUGUUAUUUCGGUUUAUGCUAUUGCUGUAAAUGAAGAAAAUGCAGCAGGUGGUAAAGUUGUUACAGCUCCUACUAAUGGGGCAAGUGGCGUUAUUCCUGCUGUUCUUAAAUAUUAUCUGGAAUUCAUAUCAGAGCAAAGUUCUGAAAAAGAAAUUAUGGAUUUUUUAUUUACAAGUGCCGCUAUUGGCAUGCUUUAUAAAAAAAGAGCUAGCAUUAGCGCAGCAGAGAUGGGUUGUCAAGGAGAAAUCGGUGUUGCUUGUAGCAUGGCGGCAGCAGCGUUUGCCGCAGUAAUGGGAGGCACCCUAGAACAGAUUGAAGAUGCCGCAGAAAUCGGUAUGGAACACAAUCUCGGAUUAACCUGCGAUCCGAUUGAUGGGUUAGUACAGAUACCGUGUAUUGAGCGAAAUGCAUUAGGUGGGAUAAAAGCACUAGGAGCUGCUCAGCUUGCAUUAAGGAGCAGAUCGGUCGCAAAAGUUACACUCGAUCAAGUAAUUGAAACAAUGCGUCAAACUGGUAUAGAUAUGCAAACAAAAUAUAAAGAAACAAGCCAAGGAGGAUUGGCAGUUAAUGUUCCACUUUGUUAG